UAUCGAAUAUCGAUAAACAUCUCUACUUUGGUUACUCUUCAAUUCAUGACCAUGUGACAACGUGUAUAUAACGUGCAGUUUAAAGGAGUAUACGAUUAUCAUAAUAAUCCGUAUAAUAAAUACAUAAUAACGUAAAUGGCUGAUUUUGCAAAAGCGCAAUUAUUGAAAUAUGGUUGGAAAGAAGGACAAGGACUUGGUAAAAAUGAAAACGGCCUUACAAAAGCUUUAAAACCAACAUUAAAGUUCGAUAAUGCGGGCAUAGGAUACAGUGAAACCAACUCAGAACAUUGGUGGGAAGCACUGUAUGACAAUACAAUCAAAAAUGUCAAGGUUGAGAUGCAUGAAGACAAAAUUUCUUUGUCUAAAAUUAAUAAUUCAAAUACAAUUGAUGAUUCGAGUACCAUUUCUUGUAACAAGAGCAAGAAGACUGAGCAACAAAAAUAUGGAAACUUUUUGAAAAGCUCUACUCUUCUCAAUGGUCAUUUAAUACAAGAUAUUUCUAUCGAGAAGGAAGAAAAGACUGCAAAAGAUUCUGUAUAUAUUCCACUAACUGAUGAACAGCUAUAUAAAGCAUGUGAUGGAUACAAAACAACAAGACAUGAUUUAUUAAAUGGAAAACUUGAGAGAAUUGCACAACAAGAUAGAAUGUUUCUAAAUGUUAGCAUUGGUAUAUCUCAACCAGAUGCAAAUUUAGUUAAAGAAAACACUAUGACUCAUAGGAAGAUAGCUAUAGAAUUAGAUACAGAAGAGAGUGAGGAUCCAGAAGAGAGUCAGGAAAUGAUUGAUGAAAACACAUCGCAAUAUGAAACUAAAGAUUUUGUUAUCAGAUCCAAGAGCGCAAGAAAAAAUCAUAAAAAAAGAUUAAAUAAAUUGACACAGCAAUUUAGUAUUUGCAGUUUAAAGAGAAAUACAGAUUCAAGCUAUAAUCCCCAACAUGAUGAAGAAUUAGCAAGAAUUAAAAAAGAAAAAAAAUCACAACUAAAUGUAAAAUCAGGAAAGUGUAGCAAGAAAAGAAAGAAAAAUAAGCGAAAAAAAAGUUUAGAACAAAAGACUCGUAUUUCAUAUAAUACUCUAAAUGAAACAUCAAUUGAUAUAAAAGAUAAAUUGAAGAAUACAGCAGAAGGUGUAUAUUUAUCGAAUCAAAUUUCUUCUGAUGUAUCAGAAUCAAAAAACAGAGUACUAACAACGUAUCUUUGCAUAGGUCCAAGAAAACCAAUUAAUUCAAGUUCAAAUAACUUAAAUAAUAAAACUGAUAAGAAUAUUCAUCAAAUAAUACUUUCGGCAACUAAAGGUAGAAAAAUUAAUAUCAAACAAGAUAUACAACAGCAGAAAACAAAAUGGGAAUAUUUCGAUGUUGGCAAAAAAAACUUUGACCCAUUAUUGAAAAAAAAAUAUUUAUCAAAUUCUGAUACAGUUAAAACGUCAUUUUAUAAAUCCCUUUCUAUAAGUUCAACAGAAAGCCCAUAUGAGCAAUAUAAAGCGUAUAUAAACAAUUCAGAUGAUAAAUUUCACAAUAAAGAUAAAACAAUAAAAAGAAAAACAGACCAGCAGAAACAAAUAAAAAAACAACUAGAAAAAAUUAUCAAUCCAAAAAAUGUUUAUACGGAUGAUUUAAAUAAUGUAAUAAAAAAGCUAACAACAUUUGAGCUUACGGAAGAGGUAAGUGCCAGUGCAUUGAAAAAACAGCUCACUCAAACUCAUCUUACACCUGUUUAAAACGAAUCCAAAAUGCCAAAUUGAAUAAAUUAUUGAAAUUAUUAAUGAUUAUUACUAAUUGAUUAUAUGAAUCUGGAUAAUCUUUCAUACGUUUCUACCUUUGUAUACUA